AUGUCGAUGUAUGUGAGAAUUAAACAAUUCAAGACUACAAUUUUCUUGCAUUGUGAUCCUAUCGAUACAGUGUUGCAAUUAAAGGAAAGAAUUAAUCAAUUAUUAAAUAUUCCCGAGAAUCAUCAGCGAUUGUAUGCUGCCGUCGGAGAUGAUGAGCUGCCAAAUGAAGGGACUUUGGAAGAUUUGAAAAUUGAAAACGAUGCUGUAUUGUAUUUAACUAGAUUUAACGAGGAAUCACAAACGUGGGAAAACAUCAACAUACCGCAACCUGCUUCGGAAUAUGAAGAUCAAAAUGAGGAAGAAGAUUAA